AUGGAAUACCUGCUUGGGAUUGUAGUGCUGCUGUGUGGGGUGGUGCAGCCGGGAAGAGGAGUUGAUCCAAAGCACAAUGUACCCAGACUAAAGCUGUCAUACAAGGAGAUGUUAGAGUCCAGUAACCUCAUCACCUUCAAUGGCUUGGCAAACAGCUCGAGCUAUGACACGUUCCUAUUGGACGAGGAGCGAGGGAGACUACUGGUCGGAGCUGAGGACCACAUUUUCUCAUUUGACCUUGUUAAUAUCAACAGAGACCACAAACAGAUUGCAUGGCCAGCCACCCCCUCUAAGAGGGAUGAAUGCAAGUGGGCAGGGAAAGACCUAGGGAAGGAGUGUUCUAACUUCAUCCGGGUCCUUCAAUCGUACAACCAGACCCAUCUGUACAUCUGUGGCACAGGAGCCUUCCACCCCAUCUGCGCUUAUCUGGAAAUGGGCAAGAGGGCAGAGGACAACAUCUUUCGACUGGCCUCACAAUUUGAGAACGGCCGCGGGAAAAGCCCCUAUGACCCAAAAAUGCUGUCAGCCUCACUUCUCAUUGAUGGGGAGCUGUACUCCGGCACUUCUGCUGAUUUCAUGGGAAGGGACUUUGCUAUUUUCCGUACGCUGGGAGAUCAUCAUCCAAUCAGAACAGAGCAGCAUGAUUCAAGAUGGCUGAAUGACCCCAGAUUUGUUGGCAUACACUUGAUCCCUGAGAGUGACAACCCCGAAGACGACAAGAUCUUCCUGUUUUUCAAAGAGAACGCAAUGGACGGGGAGCACACUGGGAAGGCUACUAUUGCCAGGAUAGGACAACUGUGUAAGAAUGACAUGGGAGGUCACAGGAGCCUGGUCAACAAAUGGACCACUUUUCUCAAAGCCCGGCUAAUGUGUGCAGUUCCUGGCAUCAACGGCAUUGACACACAUUUCGAUGAACUACAGGACGUGUUUCUCAUGAGCUCCAAGGACCCAAAGAAUCCAGUUAUCUACGCUGUAUUCACCACAUCCAGUAACAUAUUUAAAGGCUCAGCGGUGUGCAUGUAUAACAUGGCAGACAUCAGGAGGGUUUUCCUAGGCCCCUAUGCUCACAGAGAUGGACCCAACUACCAGUGGGUGCCCUUCCAAGGGAGGGUGCCCUACCCUCGCCCUGGAACCUGCCCCAGCAAGACAUUUGGAGGUUUCGAUUCUACCAAGGACCUUCCAGAUGAUGUCAUCACCUUCGCCAGGGGUCACCCUGCCAUGUACAACCCAGUGCACCCAAUAGGAGGACGACCCAUAAUGGUACGGACGGAUGUGGACUACCAGUUCACCCAGCUGGUGGUGGACAAAGUGGAGGCAGAGGAUGGGCAAUACGAUGUCAUGUUCAUUGGUACAGAUAAGGGAACAGUGCUGAAAGUGGUGACAAUCCCCAGGGAGAGCUGGCAUGACCUCGAGGAGGUUGUACUGGAAGAGAUGACUGUCUUUAGGGAGCCUACUCCCAUUACUGCUAUGGAGCUGUCCACCAAGCAGCAACAGCUGUACCUUGGCUCAGCCCUGGGUGUAUCGCAGAUGUCUUUACACCGUUGCGAGGUGUAUGGGAAAGCUUGCGCUGAGUGCUGCCUGGCCAGAGACCCUUAUUGUGCCUGGGAUGGCGCUGAGUGCUCAAGAUACUUUCCUACUGCCAAGAGACGAACCAGACGGCAGGACAUCAGGAAUGGAGAUCCUCUCUCCCAGUGCUCAGACCUGCAGCAUCAUGAUGACAUGGAUGGCUUAGGGGACAGCGUGGAGGACAGGAGUGUGUUUGGUGUGGAGAACAGCAGUAUGUUUCUGGAGUGCAGCCCCAAGUCUCAAAGAGCGCUCAUCUACUGGCAGCUACAGAAGCCCAAUGAUGAGCGCAAGCAUGAGAUCAAGCUAGAUGACAGAGUGCUGCAUACAGACCAAGGUCUGCUGAUACGCAGCCUCACUCAGUCUGACACAGGCGUCUACCAUUGCCAGGCUGUUGAACACGGCUUUAUCCAGCCUCUGCUGCGCCUCAACCUCCAGGUCAUCCCCACCCAGAGACUGGGUGACAUCCUGCCGGGACUUCCUGGUGCAGGAGGUGGCGUAGGUCAGUCAGCCAAGCACAGGAUGUGGUACCGAGAUUUCCUGUCUCUCUUGGACCACCCAGAGCUAAACAGUGUGGAGGAGUUUUGUGAUAGAGUGUGGAAGAAAGAGCGCAAACAGAAGAGGGUCAAGACGCCUAAUGGCAACAGUCAGGGCAAGCCUGACAACACAGGCAGUUCCAACUCUGCAUUACAGCCUAAAGCUUUACCUCCCAAUGCUCAGAAACAGCAAGCCAGUCCACCUCUCAGUAGGCCAUGGCUUCAGGCUGGACCUCUAAUGGUGGAAGAGCCAACACGGAGCCAGAAUACCCAGAAAGGUCAACCAAAUCUGAGUAUAUUGAGCAGCCAGGCACCUAAGAACAUCCAGAAAACCCAAACUGGUCAGAAGGGGCAGGCCAGGCAAGCUGGUUCCCAGCUUGCAGGGGGAUCCCGGGCGAGCAGCCAGCAUGCAACCAAGUGGAGACGGAUGCAGGAAAAUAAGAAGGGACGCAACAGGAGGACCCAUGAGCUUCAAAGACCUCCACGCAGCGUUUGAGAAAAAAAAAAAAAAAAAAGAGGAAAAAAGCACACAUUAAACCAGAUCAACACACAUGCAAGCACAAACCCACGCAUCCACACAAAAACACACAAAUACGGUCUAUAGAUGCAAUGUGUGAUUCAGUGACCUCUCCAUAACUGCAGCCAGAACAAAAAAAAAAAAACAAAAAAACAAAAUAAAAACAUCUGAAACACUUUUUAGGUAGAAAAAAACAUGAACUCCACACAUGUAAUGACAAUAAAGCUCUCAUUCAGACACAGAAGCACACAACCUGUGAAAAGGACAAAGAUGAGAAGAGGACUGAAAAACUGGAAUGCAUACUGUAAAUGUGUGAGGAUAUGCUGGUUGCCUGGGAUACUGCCUGGCAGACACUUCAACCUCCUGUACAUAAGCUACUAAAAUAAGACUGGGACAAAAAAAAAAUGUUUAGUGAGGUGUUUGUUGGUAAGCAAAUGGACACAAAGUGCUGAGGAAGGACAGCUGCGGAGAUGAUAAAGGAUUAAUAAACAUUUGCGGAUGCAGGGAUUCGUUGCAACCUGCCGCCCCGUUUGACCUGAGCAUGUGAACUGCUACAUGAAAACGAUUCAGGAACUCUUAUUUUGAAGAACUGUUUGAGGAGAAUAGAACCUCUCAUCUAGCCUUUCAAUUCAAGACAAGCAGCACCCUUACAGGAGGGCGAGAGGGGCUGCAGUUCACCUCAACAUGUGCACAGCUUGCACCAGUGGUUCUCGCAGAACAGAUGCAUUAUUACAUGAAGAAAACAAAUAAACAAAAAAAAAAAAACCCCUGCAAAAUCAUGCAACUGUGCAAAAGUGCUUCAUCAUAACCCUCUCCAACUGAGGCUGGGAAAGCAUUGUGCAUGUCGUUAAUGUUUUAAUAAGCUAAUUAUUUUAAGGAAUUCUAGAGGCUUUUUUUUUUAUACCCUCCCUUAAAAAAGUUCCAUUUUUCUUUUUUUUAUUUGCUCUCCUUUCCACACCAGUGCUUCUAUUUUGGGAUAGGGAAAAAAUUGCAGGCAACAUAGUAGUCUUCAUUGUGCAUAACUCCUUUCUGCUCCCAAGGAUUCUGUGUAAGUUAUUUUGUUGUUGCUUUUUCUGGGAUUUAUAGGGCACAAGUCCCAGUUGUCCGCUAUGCUAAAAGCCCAGUCUGAAACAAGACUGCCAGUUGUUUGUGUACAUAUAUACGACAAACUUAACUCUCUGUGUAUAUACAGUACAUAUACAGUACAAGAACACCACUUGAUUAUUAUUUAUUGCUCAUUGUUUUGUGAAAGGGUUGCAUUUAUUUUUGAUAUUAUGGUAUUUUUGGCUCAUCAGUAUAUCGGAGAAAUAAUGGCAACAGCAAAAAAAAAAAAAAAAAUUCUUUGAUGGACCAAGUGGCCAGAUGUGUGUCAAGGAAUCCCCCUUUUUUGGGGGGGGAGCUGAACAUGAAUUAAGUUUAGGAGUGUGAGUGCAGAGGUUUGUGUGUUCAUUAACCAAAAUGUCUGACAGAGAUCCCACCAACGAUAAGCACAAUUUUGUCUCUUUUGCCUUUCAUACCAGAUCAUCUCACCGUUUUCCUGUUUUGUUUAGUUUUAUCCAGAUCCAAUCAACAUUUUCCAUCCUGUAGCUAUUAUGUGUAAGAUAAUUCCCCAAAUUGAAAAACAUUAGCUGUGAAUUUCUGUAAGAAAUAGUGGAGAAAAAAGUUAAAUCUAGUCUGAGGAGAAGACACAUUAUACUGCAUGUGAAUGCUACCUACAGUAAGUGCAUCUUUUUUAUUGUCUUUUUACGUGUUUUGUGUGAGAGGUAAAAAUUCCCUUAAAGCAAAGUGUGAAUUAAUUUUGCCAAACAGUGAUAUUAACAACUCAUGAUAUUCUAGCCAAAGCUGUUUAAGGUCCAAACUCCUUAAUUCAACAAUGGUACCUCCUGUCUCCCCCCCCCUGCCCCUGAAUUCAUGACAAGAGUAAGUGUCAAUGCAAUAAAUUAGAGCAGAUAGUGUUCCCUACCAACACUCAAAAGUUUGUUGUGUCCCUCCUAAUCUGGGUCUCCCCCUCAGAGUUAGAAAUGUGAGAGAGCUGAAAGUUACCACUGCUGUAACACAGUUCUUUCUGGCAUGCAUUCAGUUGUCUAAAUAAACAUCUCUGUUACAAGAA